AUCGGGGCGGCGGCGGCGCGCGGGGGCCGCCGGGAAGCGCCAGGCGGGACCGGGCCGGGAUCGGGAUCGGCACCGGGAGCGGGCCCAGCGCAGCCCCGGCCGAGCCGCGGUCCUGCCCGAGCCCUGCGAGCCGCCAGCCCGGCGCAGGCCCGCCAUGGACCGCCGGGACCCCUACGGAGCGGCCGCCCGCUUGUAAGCCGCCCCCCUCCCCCGGGCCGAGCCCGCCCUGCGCCCCCCGGCGCUCCGUGACUCGCCGGCGGCUCCUCGGGCCUCAUCGUUCGCCGGUGGCGGCAGCCAGGAGAUGGUCCGGGCCUAGCGGAGCGGCCAGCGCAGCAACAUGAACCGUGAAGACCGGAAUGUGCUGCGUAUGAAAGAAAGGGAAAGGCGAAAUCAAGAAAUUCAGCAGGGUGACGAAGCCUUCCCACCCAACUCUCCUCUCUUUGCUGAACCCUACAAAGUGACCAGCAAAGAGGACAAGCUGUCCAGCCGCAUCCAGAGCAUGCUGGGGAACUAUGACGAGAUGACGGAUCUCAUCGGGGACCGGCCGCUGCAGAAGAUCGUCGCCCUUCCCAAGCCCUCGGUGCCCGCGGCGCCCGACGACAAACCCGCCGCCGGCUUCUUCGGUGAGCAGCGGCACGGGCCCGGCGCGCACCCGGGCGGCAAAUGGACCCCGGUGGGGCCGGCGCCCAGCACCUCGGCACAGCCCCAGAAGCGCUCGGCGGGGCUGGGGGGGCACGGGCAGCGCUCGGGGGGCGGCGCGGCCGCCGGCGCCCGCCACGAGCGCGACUCCUACGGCGGCGGCGGCCGCAAGAAGGGCCAGCACGGCUCCGAGCACUCCAAGGGCCGCUCCGGCAGCCCCGGGAAGCCGCCGGCCGUGUCCUCGCUGGCCUCGGGCCACUCGCGGGCCCACGGCGGCGACCACCACGGCAAGGAGCACCAGCGCUCCAAGUCGCCGCGCGAGCCCGAGCCCAGCUGGGACUCGCCGUCGCGCGUGCCCUCGUUCGGCAGCGGGCAGCACUCGAGCCAGUCCUUCCCGCCCUCGCUGAUGUCCAAGUCCAGCUCGAUGCUGCAGAAGCCCACGGCGUACGUGCGGCCGAUGGACGGGCAGGAGUCCAUGGAACCAAAGCUACCCUCGGAACACUACAGCGGCCAGGCCCACGGCGGCGGCGUCAACGAGCUCAAGCCCAGCAGCAAAGCGCACCUGACCAAGCUGAAGAUCCCCUCUCAGCCCCUGGAUGCAUCAGCCUCUGGUGAGGUCAGCUGCGUGGAUGAAAUCCUCAAAGAGAUGACCCACUCCUGGCCUCCUCCACUCACUGCCAUCCACACCCCCUGCAAAACUGAACCCUCCAAAUUCCCCUUUCCAACAAAGGAGUCUCAGCAGUCCAGUUUUGGCACUGGAGAACAGAAACGAUACAAUCCCUCAUCCAAAACAUCCAAUGGUCAUCAAUCCAAAUCAUGUGAAUCGAACCAGACAGAUAUGUUGAAAGAUGACUUAAAACUUAGCAGUAGUGAAGACAGCGAUGGAGAGCAGGACUGCGAUAAGACAGUGCCAAGGAGCACACCUGGAAGUAAUUCUGAGCCUUCCCAGCACAACAGUGAAGGAGCAGACAACUCCAGGGAUGACUCGAGCAGCCACAGCGGCUCCGAGAGCAGCUCGGGCUCCGACUCGGAGAGCGAGAGCAGCUCCAGCGACAGCGAGGCCAACGAGCCCUCCCAGAGUGCCUCCCCCGAGCCAGAGCCACCGCCCACAAACAAGUGGCAGCUGGAUAACUGGUUGAACAAAGUGAAUUCCCAUAAAGUGUCACCAGCUUCUUCCGUGGACAGCAAUAUCCCUUCUUCCCAAGGCUACAAGAAAGAGGGACGGGAUCAGGGUACAGGGAGUGGGUACACUGAGCAAGGUGGAUCCAAGGACUCCAUUUCUUCUACACCAGGGAGAGAUUCCAAACCCACCCAGAAGGGCUCGGAGAGCAGUCGUGGGAGGCAGAAAUCACCUGCCCAGAGCGACAGCUCGACUCAGAGGAGGACUGUAGGCAAAAAACAGCCCAAGAAAGCAGAAAAGACAUCUGUGGAAGAGCCCAGAGGAGGUCUUAAAAUAGAAAGUGAAACCCCAGUAGACAUGGCAACAAAUAUCCCUUCAAACAGGCACAAGGCAGCCACCAAAGGCUCCAGGAAACCCAAUAUAAAGAAGGAGCCCAAGUCUUCCCCUCGACCUACAACAGAGAAAAAGAAAUACAAGGCUUCAAGCAAAUCUGCCCAGAAAUCCAGGGAAUUCAUCGAAACAGAUACCUCAUCCUCUGAUUCAGAUGAAAAUGAGAGUCUGCCUCCUUCCUCACAAACACCCAAAUACUCUGAGAGCAAUAGGACUCCUGUUAAAUCUUCCAUGGAGGAGGAUGACAGCUUUUUUCGGCAAAGAAUGUUCUCUCCUAUGGAAGAGAAAGAGCUUCUGUCCCCACUGAGUGAUCCUGAUGAAAGGUACCCACUCAUUGUGAAGAUUGACCUGAGCCUCUUGUCCAGGAUCCCAGGGAAGCCUUACAAGGACGCGGAUGCUGCCAAGGAGAAGAAGAGCGCCGCGGAGAAGCACGGGCGGGACGCGCAGAAACAGCCCUCGGACAAGGCCUCCACCAAGGGCAAAAGGAAACACAAGCAGAACGAGGAUGAAAACAGAGCCAGUGAAAGCAAGAAAACGAAACUGGAAGAAAAAGCUCCCUCAGGACACAAGAAUUCCAGCAGCAGGGAGUCUUCAAAGCCAAGUGCUGUUAAAGAGAAGGAUUUGCUGCCCUCCCCUGCUGCCCCAGCCCUGCAGAAGGAUUCCAAGCAGGAACACGGCUCCAGGAAGAGAACAGUCAGCCAGUCCUCAUCCCUAAAAUCCAGCAGCAACCCGGGCAAGGAGAGCAGCAGUGGCAGCAAGAGCAGCUCCUCUUCCAAGCAGAAGAAGACAGAGGGGAAGGGCUCCAGCAGUGCCAAGGAAGCCAAGGAAAAGAUCCUGAACAAUUCCUCCAGCUGCCCUCCUGCCUCUGCUCAGGCCACGGAAAGUGCGAAGUCCAGGAGAGCAAAGCUCGUUUUUGAUGAUAGGACUUACUCAGCUGAUCAUUACCUGCAGGAAGCAAAGAAGCUGAAACAUAAUGCAGAUGCUUUGUCGGACAGGUUUGAGAAGGCCGUGUACUACCUGGAUGCUGUCGUGUCCUUCAUCGAGUGUGGGAAUGCAUUGGAGAAAAACGCUCAGGAAUCCAAGUCCCCGUUCCCUAUGUAUUCAGAAACUGUGGAAUUAAUCAAAUACACUAUGAAACUGAAGAAUUACUUGGCCCCGGACGCCACGGCUGCGGACAAGAGGCUGGCAGUGCUCUGCCUUCGGUGCCAAGCUCUGCUGUACCUGAGGCUCUUCAAACUGAAAAAGGAAAGUGCAUUGAAAUACUCAAAAACCCUGACUGAACAUCUGAAGAAUUGCUACAAUAAUUCUCAAGCACCGUCACCUGGUAUGGGAAGCAAACCUGUGGGGAUGCCAUCUCCAGUCUCUCCAAAGCUGUCUCCAGGGAAUUCAGGAAAUUACUCUUCCGGGGCAGCCAACCCUUCAGGGAGCGGGUCCUCGGUGACGAUCCCGCAGCGCAUCCACCAGAUGGCUGCCAGCUACGUCCAGGUCACCUCCAACUUCCUCUAUGCCACUGAAAUCUGGGAACAAGCAGAACAGCUCUCGAGAGAACAGAAAGAGUUCUUUGCUGAACUGGACAAGGUGAUGGGGCCGCUGGUGUUUAACACGAGCAUCAUGACGGAGCUGGUGCGCUACACGCGGCAGGGCCUGCACUGGCUGCGCCUGGACGCCAAGUGAGGCGCCCUGUCCAUCCCCAGCUGCCUCCUCUCCACAACACUGUGUCAUGUCAAUAAGGAAGACUGCCAUAACACAUUGCUUAGUUGACACUAAGAGCAAGGAAUGCUUUCCCGUGUCUCCCAUCCUCAUCUGUGUUUUGUGUUUAACCCCAAGUCAGCUGGUUCGUGGACUUCUCCAGUGUUCCCGGUUUAAGUUAUUUAAAUAUUGGAAAAUUUGCUACAUAAAAAUGGUAGUUUUGCUGAUCUGUCAUGGAUAGAUCAUUGGGAUUCCGGUCACAAUACAUGAAUUGUCAGUUUAAAUCCUAUUUAUUUUAAUUUUUUUAAUUUUAAUUCUGAAAAGCCCCGUUUGGGGGGCUGGUUUUAGCUAUUUCUUCUUCCCUAAAUUUCCCCUUUUGAGUACUUAGAAUUUAAACCUAGACACUUUAUUUAAGUACUUUGUGAGCUUUGUUACUCUGUAAUGUCUUGUGGUGGUAGAGCCUGUAAAAGGAACUAGGGUUGAUAGGUUCUAACAAGUAGGGACACCAUACUUCUCAUGCCUAAUGCCUAUGAGUCGACUAAUAAAUGACAACUACAGAUUUAUUAUUGCAGAAUUUGUACUAAAUAGAAAAGUUCCAGAUAUUCUUCUACGUAUUGAGAUGCUUCAUUUAAAUGAAUUAUAAAGAAAUUUAUAUGGAAAAAAUAUUUAGCUGGAUCUGCCUUGGAUUGUUUCCAAGGCAGCUUCAAGCCAUGGAUUAACACUAUAACAAUCACAAAACAUUACAGUAACUUGCAUUUAAUGUAACGUCCGGGCAACGGUGUAGGAAUGACCUUCAGUCCAGUGGGUGCGAUGCAAACAGGAAAGGCUUUGGAAAAGGACAAUCUCGUGCUUUUUUGCAUCUCUUCAUUUCAAAUACCUUUUGUUUCCGUGCUUGUCACUUUUUGACAGUUAGGAAAUUGGGGGACUUUGUGGUUCCAAACCCAGGGGUAGUUCAGUUCCUGCCAGAACCGUCAUUUGCAUCUUUUCCAUUGAGUGAGAAACCAGGAAUCUUUAGCAGAACUCCAGGUCCGUGUUGUCCUUUGGGGUGUGCUGGUGAUGGACACUACAGGCUGGCAGUGCAGCCGUGUGGGGUGGGAGCAGAGCUGCCCUGCAGGAAGCUCUGUGCUGUGCAGGAUGGAUGUCUUGGCUUUACCCCGUGCUGAUGAAGGUCCCGUUCAUGUCACGUAAUUUCCACUCCCCAGGGGCUGCUGGAGCUGCAGUGGCCCCUCCGAGUGCAAACCAAAGUACCUUUCCACGUGAGGUGCUUGUCUGAGUUAAAGGUUUCAAAUGCUACUGCUUUCAGUAUUGCUUAGUGCCCCCAACAUGUCUGGUGUGCCUUAUGCCUUACUUUUAGAUGAAGAUUUUAUGAACUGUUUACAAGAUGUUCUACAGCAGGACCAGGUAUACUGUAUGCAGUGGUCUUCUGCAGUACUUGGGUAAAAUUCCAUUUCCUUUUUCAAAGUCCCGGUGUCUGUCACACAAACUGACUCAUCGUGGUGGUCUCCUUCCCCAGAGUCCGACUCUGAAUCCUUUGGAGUGAGAUUGUGGAAUGCUGCUUUGUUUUCUCUCCCAUCGAACCCUUUAUUCUGUACCAGAUUAUGAACGUGCAUGUUCAGGAAAAUUAUUGCACUAAAUUUUUUGUGUAGGUGUAGUUAAGUGCCAAAAUCACGGCAACCUCGAGAGAAGGAAUAGAAUUCUACGCUCCUUAGUACUGCAGUAUGUCCUAUGGGCUUUAAGAGUUUAGAAGUUUUGCAAAUUAGUAACCUACUUCAAGGUAGCUGCAUCUUCGUAGAGCUUCCUUUGCGUCCCAGCGUGUUUUGUACUUCCAGAAAAGCUUUGCUACGUCCGGGUUGAUAAACGGGGAGCAGACCUGGGGCUCGCCCUGACUCCUCAGGUCUGUGGGAGCAUCCCUUUUAUGGAAUCACUGUGCAAGGUCACCUUUCUGUUAGUCUUUGCUGUUGGAGACAGAGCUCUGGACCCUCAGGCUCCCCGCCGUGGGCAUGGGACACUGUCAGCUGUGUUUCCUUUCCUCCUCUGAAGUGCCUCGCACACCUCUGACGCUGAGAAAUCCCUUGGUAGAAGUUGUAUUCGUGGGUGGGUUUGUGUGUAGUGCUGCACUAGCCAGCGUGGCUGUUCUUGGCUUGCUCCUUUGUGCACAGGCACCAUUGCUGUCAGCAGGAAUGGUGUCACCUCGGGGAAUUUUCUUUUCCUUAACUAGAGUCCCACAAAUACCUUUUGGUGUCACGCGGAAUCGGCCUCUUGAAAACGCAUCGCUUAUCCCUAGAGCAGUGGAUCUCAGAAAUUGGCUUCAAACAAGCAGAAGGCUUUUCUUGCAUCAUGUCAAAACGUGGACCUGAGCUGGCUGGAAGUGUCCCAGCUGCAGGGGGGGCUCCAGAGCCCCUGGAGUGCUGUCCCGGGCGUUGUGUCCGUGCGGGGGCGUGGGGAUGGAUGGGAAAUGCCUUGUGCAGCUGGGGCUGGUGCAAACAGAUCUGUUCAAACCAAUCAAUUCCAAAAGCAUAUCUUGAUUUAGGAUUGACCCUUGUUUCCAAGAGGAAAGUUCUGUGCUUGAUCAGGUUUUAUAGCCAAAAAAAUAAAGCAAAUAUGUCCUAGGCUUCCAUCCUGUGCCAACGCAGGAGGGCUCUGUCCCUGUCCUUGGCAGCUGCCAGCACCACAGGGGAAGUGCAGGUCACGGAGUGACCAAGGAGGGACUCCCCAGUCAUGGCUUCCCAAAUGAUUCCCUGGACAGGGAAUAGGUAUCAGUACAUAUCAAAACUGUAAUUUUAAUUCUCUUGCUGAUCAUGGCCCCAGUUGGUGAAUCUCAAGAAUGGCUCAAUCAGACUAGGCUUGCUCAGCUAUCUGUGCUGUUUGACUUUGCUCUCAGACUUGCAGGUUCCAGGUGAUAAAGGUGCAAACCAUUUAUAAUUCCAAACAAAUC